CAUCACACUUGUUUACAGCAAUUCUGAAACCUGCUUCGGAUCAUUGAUUGAAUGUGUGUGUUGCUAUCACUGCCUCUGCCCAGACUUCGACUACCACUCCUUAUUUUCUUUGCAUUCAUCGCAGGCUGUUCCUGUACUCCGUCGCCGAUCACAACGUCCACCGCACUGCAAACCGGCAGCACCACCAGCAUGUCCAUCCAGCACACCACCCGUCCCAUAACCACAGGCACCAGCGUGGUCGGCAUCGUAUACGAUGGCGGCGUCCUGCUGGCCGCCGACACGCUGCUCUCCUACGGGAGCAUGGCGAAGUCCUUCGACACCCCCCGCCUGCACAGCAUCGAAGACCGCAUCCUGCUGGGAGCCUCCGGAGAAUACUCGGACCUGCAGGAGAUCGUGACCAAGGUAAAGGCCCUGGCUCUGGAGGAAUCCACGACGCUGUCGAUGGAAAGCAUCUACGUCGACCGCAAGCUCUCGGCGAGGUCCCUCUGGAAUUACCUGCGGGCCGUCAUGUACCAGAAGCGGUCGCGAAUGAAUCCCUUCUGGAACGACGUCGUGGUAGCGGGCUUCGACGAGCAAACCUCGAAACCGUUUUUGGGAACCGUAGACCGGCUGGGAACAACCCUCCAGGAAAACCUGGUGGCGACCGGGUUUGGGGCCUACCUGGCCAUGCCGUUGCUGCGGGAAAAGUGGAGGCCCGACCUGAGCGAGGGAGAGGCCCGUGCCCUGCUGGAGGACUGCAUGAAGGUCCUCUUCUACAGAGACUGCCGGGCCUCGGCCCGCAUCCAGCUCGCCAAGUGCACCAGCGAGGGCUGCAUCGUUUCGGAACCCUACGAGCUGGACCACUCCAACGGAUGGAACGCUCCCAGCAUGGUCCGAGCGUCCGGAGAUUUGGACGGAGACGGGGGCUGGUAAACCACUUUUUCGUGCGAGUGAAGCACUGCACGCAACGACGCCCGCGUAACGCGACCUGCAGGACGAAUCAAUGAUACAAUAAAGAGUAAAACAAAAAUAGAAAAAACAAUCGAAUGUAAUGGAAUAUAAUACAAUAUUUCGA